CCUGUCCUCUGUCCCCAUUCCUGUCCCUGUCCCUGUCCCCGUCCCUGUCCCCGCAGCCCCUGGCCGAGUUUGACCUGCGGGACGUUUCGUACCGCGUGUGCGGCCCCACGAGCCACGAGCUGCAGCUGCCACCCGCGGGGACAGCGGGGACAGCGGGGACAGCGGGGACAGCGGGGACAGAGGGCACGGUGGCGCUGCGGUUCCCCGAGGAGCGCGAGGCACAGCAGUGGUGGACAGUGCUGAGCAGCUCCCUCAGGGAGGCUCGGAGAGCCCCCGAGGGUGACACGGGGACAUCGGCGGUGCCACCCCCCGAGGACCCCGAGCAGGACACGGAGCAGGCGCAGAUCCUGGAGCUGGCCCAGACAGAGGAGCUGGCACUGUCCCUGUCCCGGGCCAUCUCCCAGGGUGACACGGUGUGUGCGGCACGGAUGGCGGUGUGUGUGUGUGUCCCCAUGUCCCUGACGGUGUCCCCAUGUGUCCCCAGAGGAGCUGGCACUGUCCCUGUCCCGGGCCAUCUCCCAGGGUGACACGGUGUGUGCGGCACGGAUGGCGGUGUGUGUGUGUGUCCCCAUGUCCCUGACGGUGUCCCCAUGUGUCCCCAGAGGAGCUGGCACUGUCCCUGUCCCGGGCCAUCUCCCAGGGUGACACGGUGUGUGCAGCACGGAUGGCGGUGGCACUGGCGCGGCGCCAGGCGGAGCUGAGCGUGAGCCUGAGGGACAGCGAGGGCGGGGCCGACAUCAGCAUGCCGGUGUUGGUGGAGGACGCCACCUCCUCAGCCAGCAUCACCCUGCGCGUGCAGCCACACCUCACCAUCGGCACCCUCAAGGAGCAGGUGUUCCGUGAGUACGGGUUCCACCCGCUGGCGCAGCGCUGGAUCAUCGGGCAGAGCCUGUGCCAGGACGGCCGCAGCCUGGGCUCCUACGGCAUCCGCCGCGCCGGGGACCCCGCCUUCCUCUUCCUGCUGUCGGCACGGGCCGCGGGGCUGGGCCCCGAGCAGUACCGGGAGCUGCAGGCGCAGGGGCUGCUCAGGGCCACGGGGCUCGGCUCAGGCGGUGUCCCCGAGCCCCUGGAGCAGAUGGACAUGGGGGACGCUGGGGACACCGGGGACAUCCGGGAUCGCCUGGACUCGCUGCAGCUCUGGGACAGCGCCGGGGCCCCGCCCACGGCCCCCGAGCCCCGCCCACCCUCACCUGAGCAGUGUGGCUGGGCGUGCCCCCGGUGCACGUUCCUGAACAAGCCCACCCGCCCCGGCUGUGAGAUGUUGACCCCAUUAACCCCAUUAAUUAACCCCGUUAAUCAAUCCCACCGUUCCCAGUGUGGCUGGGCGUGCCCCCGGUGCACGUUCCUGAACAAGCCCACCCGCCCCGGCUGUGAGAUGUGCAGCUCCCCCCGGCCCGAGGGGUACCGGGUCCCCGGGGGGCACCGCCCCGACCCCGCCGAGCUGCAGCGCCUGCAGCGGGAGCAGGACGGCACCCGACAGUGCCAGCAGGCCCUGGAAGCGGAGCGCCAGCGGAAUUUCCAGCAGCUGCUGCGGGCGGAGGAGGCGGAGCUGGUGCCGAACCCGGAGCCGCUCGAGUGCGGGAUCUGCCUGCAGGGCGUGCCCGCGGGGCGGGGCGUGCUGCUGCGGGACUGCCUGCACAGCUUCUGCCGGGAGUGCCUCCGGCAGGUGAUCACGUUCAGCGAGGAGCCGGUGGUGGCCUGUCCCUUCCGCGAUGUCACCUACGCCUGUGGCAGCCACCUGCAGGAGCGUGAGAUCCGCGCGCUGCUGUCCCCAGAGGAACACGCCCGGUUCCUGGCCCGAGGCCUGGCUCUCGCCGAGCGCCGCAGCCGGAACAGUUUCCACUGCCGGGGCCGGGACUGCCCGGGCUGGUGUUUCUACGAGGACGCGGUGAACGAGUUCCCGUGCCCGGUGUGCGGGGCGCUCAACUGCCUGCUGUGCAAGGCCAUCCACGAGGGCCAGAACUGCCGCCAGUACCAGGACGAGCUGCAGCUGCGGGCGCUCAAUGACGCGGCGGCGCGGGAGACGCGGGACAUGCUGCAGACGCUGGUGCAGCGGGGGGAGGCCAUGCACUGCCCCACGUGCCGCAUCGUGGUGCAGAAGAAGGACGGGUGCGACUGGAUCCGCUGCACCGUGUGCCAGACCGAGAUCUGCUGGGUCACCAAGGGGCCGCGCUGGGGGCCGGGGGGUCCUGGGGACACCAGCGGUGGCUGUCGCUGCAACGUCAACGGGCAGAGGUGCCACCCCCGGUGCCAGAACUGCCACUGACCCCCCCGGGCCCCCCUGGGGACACCCUGGGGACACCCCCGGGGACACCGAGGGACGGACGGAGCCGGAGCCGGGCCCGGGGACGCCCGAGGGCGCCGGGAGGGGCCACGGCCAGCGGGGACAGGGCCAGGAUGGACACAAGGACAGGAUGGACACACGGCCAGCGGGGACAGAGCCAGGAUGGACACAAGGACAGGAUGGACACACGGGCAGGAUGGACACAAGGACAGGAUGGACACACGGCCAGGAUGGACACACGGCCAGCGGGGACAGGGCCAGGAUGGACACACGGCCAGAGGGACAAAGGAUGGCCACAGGGCCAGAGCCCACGGACACUGGGACAGAGGAUGGACAGAGGAUGGACACACGGCCAGAGCCAAUGGACAGAGGAUGGACACAAGGCCAGAGGAUGGACACAAGGCCAGAGGAUGGACACAAGGCCAGAGGAUGGACUCAGACUCAGGGCCAGAGCCGAUGGACACUGGGACGGCCUCGGGGCGUGGAGGGCCCGGGGGGGCCAAUAAAGGAACUGAGUGUCA